AUGUUAGAAGUGCCAGAUAUGGAGAGGAGUUUUAUGUCAGGUUCAUCUACAGAUGAUUCUCAUUAUCAAGGAUUGGAAGAGGGACUAGAGAGAGCAUUAGAACCAGGACAAAGACAUAGUCGUAUGUUAGAUGAAAUAUUAGAAGAAAACAACUCAUAUA